UUAAAAUAGAUGUAGGGAGUACCGAUUUCAACAUUCCUUUCUUUAUUCACGUUAAAGACAAUAGUAAGGUAAAAAGGAAGAAACGCUGGAGCCAAGUUAUGUACAUGACCUACAUUAUCUAUUACUUGAUCAAGAAGCAACUACGACAGUCGACGAGCACGGAGGACAGCUCUGUCGAUCUUAGCGACAUCUAUCUUCUUACCACAGACGGCGACGUGUCUUUCGAGAGGGAGUCAGUAGAGGAGCUCAUCGACGUACUGCAACGAGACGAACUAGUCGGUGGUGUAUGUGGACGUACUCAUCCAUCAGGCUCCGGUCCCAUCGCUUGGUAUCAAGUGUUUGAUUAUGCAAUUAGCCAUUGGUUUCAGAAAGCAGCAGAGCACGUUCUCGGAUCUGUCAUGUGUUGUCCCGGUUGCUUUAGCUUGUUUCGAAUCAAAGCCAUUAAAUCUGUUCUGGCCACGUAUCGCAGCAACGUCGAGAAAUCGUUUGAAUUUUUGCAGAAAGAUAUGGGAGAAGACAGAUGGCUUUCCUUGCUUCUGGUCCAAGCAGGUUGGCGUUUGGAGUACUGCGCGGCUGCUAAGAACGAAACCCAUUGUCCGACAAGCUUUGACGAGUUUUUCAAGCAACGUCGCCGGUGGAUCCCAUCGACUAUUGUCAACUUGGGCAAAUUGUGCUCGGAUGGUGCAGACACUGCGAGAAGAAACGACAACGUGUCGCUCUUGUUUAUUUUAUAUCAAGCAGUACUAUGGGUCUCAGGAAUUAUCGCUCCUUCUACCGUCAUACUUAUCGUUUCUGCUGGAUUUGCUGUUACGUACAACAUUAAUGAAAUUGCUAUUGUUGUUAUUUUUCUGAUCGUCAGCGUCUUAUUUGGUUUCAUCUGCUUUGUGUUUCCUCAGAAAGUUCAGUGGCUUGUUGCCAAGUUUCUAACGUUUGUAUUUGCUAUUUUGAUGGGAGCCGUCGUCAUUGGUAUAAUAUAUCAAGCGGUAGUUGCUUUCAAACAACUAGGAGACCCGAAAGAGCAACUAAACGAAUUGUCAAACACUACACCUACUCCUAUGUCUGAAUACUUCGGUCUUAGAGACGUACCCCAACUGCCAUUCUUCAUCCAUUUGAGUUCACAUGUGUGUUUCAUUCUAUUUGGUACUUGCUUUGUUUGCCAUCCGGUUAUUUGCUUUUAA